CCAUGUCCUCUGGGUUUCCUUCUCUGGCUCUGUCCUAACCAACCCCUUCCCGUGUCUCGCUCAAAGUAAAAACCAUGGCAGGACAGUAGAUUAAAACGCAUGGCUUUUUCUUAGGAGCAUUUCAUCGAAUACUUCAAUGGCUGCUUCUGCUUCUCUCUCUGCGCUUCCCUCUUCCCUCCGGCUCAGCUUCCCGACGGAGCGCCCAUCAACCUCUUCGCACUCUUCCUCUUCUUGCGCUUUCAUCAAUGGCGGGAUCAAUCUCAGGUUACAUAAGAGCUUUUCCUAUGUCACUUCCUCCUCCUUCUCCUCUCGUCGGGUGUCUACCAAUCGUCUUGUCUCUGUGCUAUGUGCUUCUGGGGACUACUAUUCUACUCUUGGAGUUGCAAAAUCUGCCUCUAGUAAAGAAAUUAAGGCUGCUUAUCGGAAACUAGCUCGACAGGUACGCUACUUUGUUCAAUUUGGUUUUCAUGGUCUUUGGUUUCGCACCUUUUUCUGUUCUUUUACCUCACUGGGUUUGUUUUUUGGCAUGCUAGUUGUUGAGAGAAUGAGUUAAGAAGGAAAAGAAGAGUAAUUUCUAUUGGAAUUUUGAAUAAUAUGAAGAAAUUCGAAAUGGGAAAAUUACUAGCCAAACAAAACUAGGGAAAUGGUUUCUAGUGAGUAUUGUUUAAGCAGAAUAUGAAAUUAAAUGAUACCUACGUUAUGCCCCUCUUCCCUUUCCAUUUUUUUUCUUUCAAGUUACAGUUCUUUAGGUUAAAUUUUUUGCUUAAGAUUUUGCGAAUGGAGAAAAUGUAAUGUGCUCAGCACUGUUCCUCAUUUAUCUAGUUGCAUUUUGAUAAGUGCCCGGUGAGGAAGCAGACAUGAUACUGUGUUUGCUAAUGAAUAACAUCUGGAAAGGAACUGUGCUGCCUGUGGUGGCUGUGGCUUUCACAGCUCUUGGGAUAAUUUUGGCUUGAAGUUGUACCUCAUGGAAAUAUGAGAGGACAUAUUUUGAGAAAUCUGCAUCCCUCAGCUACCCAGAGUUAAAAGGGCUUUCAAGAGAAAAGGGAUUUGGGUGGUGGAAAUUUGAAAUAGUUUGGCCAUUUAAGGAUUAAGAAGAGUGAAAACAGAAUUUACAGGAAAUGGAGAUGUAGCAUGAAAUAUUGUUUGGUGAAAUUCUCUGGCAAAGAGUUUGUACAAAAAGUGCAUGUUGAAUUAAGAGAAAAUAAACGCUCAUAGGUAAAAAGAAGCAUCUAUAUCUUGUUGACCAAGGUAAUUGUCAUGGUUUUGUUAUAAAAAGAAUGAAGAUGCAAAAUGUCUCAAAUUUAAGACAUGUUUCUAGCAUCACACCUUUCUGAAGUUAAUCAUCCUUUGUUGCGUCAUAUAAAAUAGUUCUCUUAUGCUUCCAUUCUCUCAGAAUUGUCCAGGCUCCACUGAAUUUAACCAUGUGAAUGUAUCUUCUUUGUGUUAUCUUUUGUUUGCUUUGUUC